AUGUCCGCGCCCGCGGAGCCCGCCGGCUCCUCCCGCCGACUCUUCUCCUUCCUGCCGGCCGGCGCGCGCUCCGACGUGACGGACGACCCCGAGACGGACGCGCGGGGCCGCGGCGCGGGCCGCCGGGAUGCCGCCGCCCCGCUCGCGACCGCGGAGCCGCCGGGCACGGAGCGCGGCCAGCGGCCCUGCCGGGCCUGCGUGGACUUCAAGUCGUGGAUGCGGGCGCAGAAGCGAGACGUCAAGUUUAGGGAGGACUGUCCACAGGACCGGGAGGAGCUGGGUCGCCACACUUGGGCUUUCCUCCACACCCUGGCCGCCUAUUACCCGGACAUGCCCACCCCAGAGCAGCAGCAAGAUAUGGCCCAGUUCAUACGUAUAUUUUCCAAGUUUUACCCGUGCGAGGAGUGUGCGGAAGACAUCAGGAAAAGGAUAGGCAGGAACCAGCCAGACACCAGCACGCGGGCAUCCUUCACCCAGUGGCUGUGCGGCCUGCAUAAUGAGGUGAACCGCAAGCUGGGCAAGCCGGUCUUUGACUGCUCCAGAGUGGAUGAGCGCUGGCGCGAUGGCUGGAAGGAUGGCUCCUGUGACUAGAGGGUGGCCAGCCAGAGUCCAUGGGGCAACCAGCCAGCAUCCCUGGAAGCCUCGCUGGAGAGGGACAGGGUACUGAUUAAAGUGCAUCUGAGCCAGAGCCUGUCGUCUCAGUUGGGUGAUCCCCAAGACACUGCCCACAGGACCGUCACCUCAGAUUUUGAGAAGUGGAGGCGCCCACUGCAUACACGCCAAUGGCCUCCUCAGCUGAGGCCAAAGGGGAGGGAGGUCAGAGAAGCCCAGGCUGCCGCUUACCAUUCAUGACUCGGCUUCCUGUCUGCCACACACAUUGGGCAUAGUUGCCUCAUGGGCAGAUACACCAGGCCAGGCCAUUGCUUUCCCACUUCAUAGGUGGAGACGUGGAGACACAUACAGAGAUGUGGCCCUGGCAGCUCUGCUGUUGCCAUGUCAAGACGGAGGCCAGGGGGGUGAGUUCUGUGCACUGACCCCCAGGGAAAGCUCUGGCAAAGGUACACCAACCAUGCUGCUCACUGCCUGCCUGGUACAUGGAUUUCCAUAGCUAUGCCAGCUCUGUCAGCAAGGGAUUCUGGGAGCAGCUUCCUCAGAGUUUGAGACCAAAAUAAAACGAUGAGGUGACUGAGGACAA